AUUAUGUUCAUAUUUAUAUUCCAGGAUAUGUGAUGUUUGCCAACGGCAAGGAUAGCACUCAUGCCGGGGAUAUUGUCAAAUUCCAAUCAAAGUCAUUGAAGUUUCCGCCAGGAUCGCACAUAGAAGUCGGGUUUUCGUACAUCUUCUCGGAGGCUCACACACAUCCGAUGACUUUGUCUGUUUACGUAACAUCUGGAGGACAAUCACAAACACCUAAUUGGGUCAAAACCGGUCACUUGUCUUCAUUGAAACCUCGUUGGCAUAGAGUUUGUUUUGGAACAACAACUGUAAGUGGUGACGUCACUGUUGUCUUUGAAGCGAAAGUAUCAUAUAAUUCUAAUAACGGAAAUCUUGCAAUUGAUGACGUCGUUAUUGAACCGGGAACCAGUUGUCAUUUGUACAAUCACGUGUCUACGCCGCCGCCCUCUAUAACUACGACUACGCAUUCUAGCGCAAAUGUAUCUUCAGUGACUUGUAACUUUGACUUACCAAGUAUUUGUGGUUACCUUAACAGAAAUUCUGGCGACAACUUCAACUGGUUAAGACACCAGAUGGCUACACAAUCGGUGGGCACCGGACCAAACAGUGAUCACUCAUCGGGAGAGGUACCUAACCCAAUCGACUUGGGCCAGCGGGAAUGUAUACAAAUUACCCACAAUGUCCCUCUCGAUGUGAAGAUAGUUUUCGAGGGUGGUGGUUGCAGUGGUUACCAAGGUGAUAUAGCUAUAGAUGACGUGUUUUGGAUCAUGGUGACU